AUGCCUGAAACAAACAUUAAUAAACUGCCAACUAAUCCAAAUUUGGACAAUAAUUUACAAAAUCAAGGAAAAGUCAGAUUAGUUGAUAGUGAAGUAAACUCAACUGAUAUUUGUGAGAUUGAAAAUCAGCCUCUGCCAACAGAAGAAGAAGAAAAAACUUUACAACGUGUCUGUGAAACAAUUCCCUGGGCCUGUUGGUUAGUUGCUAUUGUUGAAUUGUGUGAAAGAUUUGCUUAUUAUGGAUUAUCUGGUCCAUUUAUGAACUAUAUGCAGUAUAAGCCAGACGAUAGAAUUCCAGGUGCCUUAGGUCUUGGUCAGAAAAAAUCAAAUGCAUUAAGUUAUUUCUUUCAAUUUUGGUGUUAUGUUUGUCCGGUUUUUGGUGCUUGGAUCUCUGAUACAUAUUUAGGAAAGUACAAAGCCAUUUGUUGGUUUACUGGAAUUUAUACAAUUGGUAUCUUAGUGUUAUUUCUUACUUCUCUACCAGUCUCCAUUGAAAAUAACGUUUCAUUUGGUGGAUUUAUUGCAGCAAUCAUCAUCAUUGGUUUAGGUACUGGUGGUGUCAAAGCAAAUGUUUCUCCAUUAAUUGCAGACCAAAUUCCCACAUUCACCUCAUAUGUCAAAACAAAUAAAAAGGGUGAAAGAGUUAUUGUCGAUCCUGCUGUUACAUAUCAAACCGUGUUCAUGGUAUUUUAUUUAUGUAUUAAUGUUGGUUCAUUGUCAUCGAUUGCAACAACAACCUUAGAGAAAGAAGUUGGAUUUUGGGCUGCAUAUCUAUUGCCAUUCUGUUUUUUCUUUGUUGGUGUUGGUGCAUUGAUCAUUGGCCAAAACAUUUACAUCAAAACACCUCCAUCAAAGACAAUCAUUGGCAACUCGUUCCGAAUAUCAUUCAUCACUUUGCUCAACAGGGGCAAGUUUGAAGCUGCAAAACCUUCGUUCCAUCCAGAGAAGAGCUAUCCAUGGACAGAUUUGUUUGUCGAAGAGGUCAGAAGAGCGUUGUUGGCAUGUCAAGUGUUUGUGUUCUUCAUCGUGUACUGGGUUGUAUAUGGUCAAAUGUUGAACAACUUUGUGUCGCAGGCUGGCCAGAUGGAGCUCCAUGGCAUUCCCAACGAUAUCAUGCAGAACAUCGAUCCAUUGACGAUUAUCAUUUUCAUUCCCAUCUGCGAGAGAUUGUUCUAUCCAUUUUUGCGUAAAAUCGGCAUCAAGUUCAAGCCUAUCACCAGAAUCUUCUGGGGGUUCAUGAUGGGCUCAGUUGCUAUGGCAUACGCUGCCAUUGUCCAGAAGUUGAUAUACAAUGCUGGUCCAUGCUAUGAACAUCCAUUGGAGUGUGCUGCUUCUGAUGACGGAAACAUCCCUAACCACAUUCAUGUUGCAGUGCAAUCGCCAGCGUAUUUCUUCAUCGCCAUGUCUGAGAUAUUUGCAUCGAUCACUGGGUUGGAGUAUGCAUACACCAAAGCACCACCUCAAAUGAAAUCGUUCGUGAUGUCUUUAUUCUUGUUGACAUCUGCCGGUGGGUCAGCAUUAGGUAUUGCCUUAUCGCCAACAGCAGAAGACCCUAAAUUGGUAUGGACAUACACUGGAUUAUGUGUUGCAUGUUUUAUCACAGGCAUAAUGUUUUAUUUCUGUUUCAGAAAACUCAACGAUAUGGAGGAGGACUUGAACAGGUUGGACUUUGAAGAGAAGUUGCAAGCUCAAGAAAAAAGCCUUGAGGACGAGAAGGAUAUCGAAAAAGUUGCCAAAGCCUAG